CUUCGUCGCGCCUCUGUGCACAAUGAAAUGGGAAACGGGCAACUGGCCGUGAAAGACCUGACAAUUGUGCUGAGGGAGGAACCACAAAAUGUUGCAGCCACUCAACUUCUGUCGGAGACUUCAAAGAAGAUGACAGAACUGCGACAAGGAAAACAGAGAAAAGGCAAAAAAAUCAUCAUCCAAGAAGUGGAAGAGGUCGAUGAAGAGAUAAAACCAGAGCAGACCGAUUAUCUGGUCGAACCAAGCCAGCUUGUGGGAGGGGACGAGCGCUCAGCUGUUCCUGCAGAGAGGGGAGACAUGGGUAACGCACAAAAGAGGCCCCACGGCAAAGGGGACGGGGCUGCGCACAGCGAUUCCGCCAACUCCCAUCCCGGACACUGGCGGAGCAAAGGUAGCAGCUCGGACAAGUCUAAAGUCCCGCAGGAGUCCAAGGUAGCUAAUGGAACGAGCAAGAGGGGCUCGACGGUGUCGGGGCAGGCUGAUCCGGCCGGUAGCAGCAAGGAGAGUCCAGCGUGUGGAAAUGUUGGGGAACCUGUCAAUCUUGAUGCACUAUGUGGAGCCCUCCCCUUGUCGCUCUCCCGCUUAAAGAACGAAGGAAAUCUGCUGUUUAAGAAUGGACAGUUUGGCGACGCACUGGAAAAAUACUCUCAGGCUAUUCAAGGAUGCACAGACGCAGGUAUUGAUAGUCCAGAGGAUUUAUGUAUUCUAUACGCCAACAGAGCAGCCUGUUACCUGAAAGAUGGCAACAGUCAAGACUGCAUACAGGACUGCACAAGAGCGCUGGACCUACAGCCUUUCUCCCUCAAGCCCCUCCUGCGUCGGGCCAUGGCUUAUGAGUCCCUGGAGCGCUACCGAAAGGCCUACGUGGAUUACAAGACUGUCCUGCAGAUAGACGUCAGCGUGCAGGCAGCACACGACAGUGUCAACAGGAUCACUCGGAUGCUUAUUGAGCAAGACGGUGCAGAAUGGAGAGAGAAACUCCCAGAUAUCCCUUCAGUUCCUUUGUCGGCCCAGCAGCACCGCAGAGAGGAGCCACCUAGCGCCGAGGUCCUUCAGGCUCGGGCCGAGAAGGCAGCCAGAGACGCAGAAAGGAAAGCACAAGUCCGUUUUGCUGCUUUGAAGGAGGAAGGGAACGCAUUUGUGAAAAAGGGCCAAUACCAAGAUGCUCUGGGAAAGUAUUCCGACUGCCUUAAGAUAAAGCCAGAAGAAUGUGCGAUCUACACCAACAGAGCCCUGUGCUACUUGAAACUGGAGAGAUUUAUGGAGGCCAAGCAAGAAUGUGACGCGGCGCUCAAAGUGGAGCCAAGCAAUAAAAAGGCCUUCUACAGGCGAGCGAUGGCCAAUAAAGGACUUAAGGACUACCUGGCGUGCAGCUCAGACCUGCAGGAGGUGCUGCAGCAGGACCCCCACUUGCAGGAGGCAGAGAACGAGCUGGAGGAGGUGACGGGUCUACUCAAGCAAAGUCUGACCAGCGAAGCACAAGCUAAACCCCGGAAGGUCAUCCCCAUUACGGAGGUGACGGGUGAUCACGAAGCAUCAAGCGUUCCAAGUUCUGACACUUGUUUCAGGGAAGAGUUCAGCCAUAAACUGCAAACAAGCAAUGCCUACGAGUUUGGCCAAGCUUUAAACGUCGCCUGCAGCAGCGGCAACAUGGCAGCAGGCGCCGACUUGUUGGCUUCGACUGCUCCGGAGAAGCUUCCGCAGUUUUUGAGCACUCAGCUCAGCGGGCAGACCAUUAGCUUCAUCAUGAAGGUGCUGGACUCGCACCUCUUGGAGAAAGACCCUAACCUAGUCUACCAACACCUCAGUCAUCUACACACUGCGGACAGGUUCUCGAUCGCGCUGAUCCUGCUGGAGAAGGAGGAGCGCGGCCACAUAGGCCAGCUGUUCGAGCGCCUGUCCGCCGUCCCGAGUGCAGACUUCACCCAGAAUGACGUCCAGAACCUGGCCAACAAAUACAUCUGAAGCGUCCGCACGCUCGUCGCCCGCAUCAGCUGCUGCACCCGCACCAUGACUCUUGGAUCUAUGCAAAAACCGCACGAUAAGAGAAUGUGUCCCAAAGCAAUACAUUUAAACACUGCUGGAAAAUGAUCUGAGACUAUGUUUAAAGUGACUGCGUCAAAAAAAAAAAAAAAGAUCUAUAUUUUUUACAAAGAAUUGCUUUUGUACCUCUCUAACCAUUCAAGUAUGCGCAGUACUUUGGACCUUGAGGGUAUUGAUCAAUUGGGUCCAAAAUAAGUUGGGUUUUCUCAGUUGUGGAUUGCAGUCUUUGAAUAUCCAAAUGUUUAUAAUAGAGGAGCAUGAUGACUUUCAUUUCAGGGAAUUUGCCAUGAAGCUAUUUAAGACAUUCCUUACUGUAGAGGAAGAUCACGUUCUAUAACCCUAUUGUUGUUCUAAAAGACAUUUACUGUAGGUCUGCAUGAUCAUCUUUAGUACUGUUAAGUACAGAAUGGCAAACCCCAGCUGUUCAACUGCUGAAAAUACAGCUUUAAACUAA